AUGUCGUAUACGGCUGACCAGACAGGAGAGACGGCGGUAGAGAAGUUUGGAGAACGGGUUGUGGAGCAGACCUUCAAGGUGACCCGCACGACUGGACGGGAGACACGGCGCGUCACGACAUACGCUAGUCACCCUGAGGCCAGCACAUGGAGCUGCGGGUAUCCAAGGUCCACACCGGAGAAGGCUCAUCAAGUAGUGGACCGCUACUACAAAGUGGAGGCUCUUAAAAAUGUAUACAGUACCCCUGUUGUCCCGCUCGACCCUACCGAGGCGUUUCGAGACAACACCACCAAGCCACCUUCGUACCCAAAGAGGCCAGGGCGUCCACGUGAGACACGUAUCAGAAGUUCUGGUGAGGUGGAUGGUGAUAAGAUGCGCAAGUGUGGGAAGUGUGGGGCAGCAGCAGCAGGAGGAGGAAGAGCAGCAGCAACAGCAGCAGCAGCAGCAGCAGCAGCAGCAGCAGCAGCAGCAGCAGGAGGAGCAGCAGCAACAGCAGCAGCAGCAGCAGCAGCAUCAGCAGCAGCAGCAGCAGGAGGGGGAGGAGCAGCAGCAGCAGCAGCAGCAGCAGGGGGAGCAGCAGCAGCAGCAGCAGGGGGGACAACAGCAGCAGCAGCAGCAGCAGCAGCAGCAGGGGCAGCAGCAGCAGCAGCAACAGCAGGGGCAGCAGCAGCAGCAGGGGCAGCACCAGCAGCAGCAGCAGCAGCAGGGGCAGCAGCAGCAGCAGCAGCACAGGGAGGAGGCAGCUGCAUCAGAGGGCCUAGCGUCGACAUCAGCUUCACAAGGAGCAGGGGUGCCAUCGGCUGUAUCUAG